AUGCCCCGUUCUUCUCGCACAGGUGAAUUGAUAUACCACACGGAGGUUGAGAAGGCAGCGCGUAAGCGGAGGCAAGAGACCAAGAGACGAAAACAAGGGCACUUAUUUACUGCAAACGAGUCAGCGGAAGACGAAGUAAGCAUGGCCAACAACCAAACAUUGAGGGAGCUGGCUGCCUCGAAGCUGACUCACCAGCCCUUAUGCAUCACAUUCCCCACUUUGGCUGAGAAUACUGCUUUUGAACUGAAGUCGGGGUUGAUUCACCUCCUACCUUCUUUCCAUGGUCUCUCUGGUGAAGAACCCCACAAGCACGUCAAGGAGUUCGAGGUAGUUUGCUCUAGUAUGAAACCUCCUGGGGUCACUGAAGAGCAAAUUAGACUGAGAGCCUUCCCGUUUUCUCUCAAAGAUGCAGCUAAAGAUUGGCUGUACUACCUACCAGCAGGUAGUAUUACCACAUGGGCGCAACUGAAAAAGAAAUUUUUAGAAAAAUUCUUCCCUGCAUCCCGGGCUGCGAGUUUGAGGAAGGAAAUCUGCGGUAUUAAACAAUAUCCUGGUGAGUCCUUGUAUGAAUACUGGGACAGGUUUAACAAGUUGUACACUAGAUGCCCGCAGCAUCAAAUUAGUGAACAACUGUUAAUCCAGUACUUCUAUGAAGGGCUCCAACCAACAGAUAGGAGUAUCAUUGAUGCUGCGAGUGGGGGAGCACUGGCAAACAAGACACCGAGGAAAGCGUGGGAGCUCAUCGAGGCCAUGGCAGAGAACUCCCAGCAAUUUGGCUUCCGUGAGAGCAACCCUCCCCGUAAAGUCAACGAGGUAGAGAUUUCAUCCCUACAGCGACAAAUGUCAGAAUUGACAUCGGUUGUUAGGCAAUUAGCCAUGAGAGAAACACCGCGAGCAAAGGUGUGUGGGAUCUGUACUAGCAUGGACCACUGCACGGACACGUGUCCCAUUUUGCAAGAGGACGGGGCGGAGCAGGUGAACAUGGCUGGAGGCGUGCCCGCGCCUCGUAGGCAGUAUGAUCCAUACUCCAACACGUACAAUCCGGGAUUUCAGCAACCGUGGCAACCGAAAUCACAACCAUCAUCCUCCAACACAGGGAGUUCCUUGGAGGAUAUUGUCAAGAGUCUGGCUACGACUACCGCCCAGAUCCAGCAAGAGACUAGACAGUUCCAGCAGGAGACCAGGUCAUUGACCACAAAUAUGGCUCAACUCCAGCAAGAAACUAGAGCUGUAACCAUGAGCACCAAUCAGUUCCAGCAGGACACAAAAUCAGGCAUGAAAGAUAUGGAGACUCGAAUAAGCCAGAUGGCAACUGCCAUAAAUCGCUUGGAGUCCCACGCUUAUGGAAAGUUACCUUCACAACCCGAAAUAAACCCCAGGAAUGUAAGUGCCAUGACCUUGAGGAGUGGCAAGACACUGGAAGGGCCGAAAGAGGGAAAUUCAAAAAGUAAGAGUGAGGAGGAGAUAGAGAAGGAAAUUGAAGAGGAAGGGCGUAUUCGCAAGGAUCCUGAGGUAACCUUCACUUCUCCGCCCACUAUUAAAUCUAACUUACCUCCUUUUCCUUGCAGGUUGGAAAAAACAAAGAGGGCAGAAAAGGAAAAAGAAAUCCUGGAUGUGUUCCGCAAAAUUCAAGUAAACAUCCCCCUAUUGGACGCGAUCAAGCAGGUACCCAAGUACGCAAAGUUCUUGAAAGACUUGUGCGUUAACAAAAGAAAGCUAAGGGGUGAUGAAAGAGUGAUGGUAGGAGAGAAUGUAUCAGCUGUACUUCAAAGGAAACUCCCACCCAAAUGCGGAGAUCAAGUGUCGUUGAAUGUUGAAUAUGCUGGAAUUGACCCAUUCUUGUAA